AGUGGUGCUCGUGAUCUGUCAGGUGAGGGCAGGUGGUGUUGUAUUGUUAACCUUAUCCCUUAAUGUUGCCGGUAGCUGGAGAGAGCAGACAGGCGGCCAUCAUGAAUCAGCGAGAGCAGAUGGAGCAGAGGGGGCAGUGGAGGAUCACAGUGUGGGAAGAGGAGAACUUCCAGGGCAAGCGCUGCGAGUUCAUGCUGGAGUGCCCGAACAUUCUGGACAGGGAUUUCCAAAAGAUCCGCUCUAUCAAGGUGGACAAUGGCCCCUGGGUGGGUUAUGAGUACCCAGAGUAUCAGGGUCAGCAGUUCAUCCUGGAGAAAGGAGAUUAUCCCUGCUAUCAGUCCUGGAGUGGAAACAGCAGCUACCGCACUGAGCACCUGCUUUCCUUCAGACCCAUCAAAUGCGCUAACCACAGUGAUAGUAAAAUCACCCUGUAUGAGUGUCAGGACAUGAUGGGACGCAAGUUUGAGAUGUGCGAUGACUAUCCUUCUCUUCAAGCCAUGGGCUGGUGCAGUAAGGAGGUUCCUUCUGUCAAAGUCAACUCUGGAGCCUGGGUGGGCUACCAGUUUCCAGGUUACCGUGGAUACCAGUAUAUCUUUGAGAGAGACAGACGUCAGGGAGAAUACAGGAACUAUAAUGAGUUCGGCACCCAGGCCCACAGCAAUCAGAUCCAAUCAAUCCGCAGAAUUCAGCACUAACUCCGCCCCCACUCUUCUCCUAUUGGCUACUGUGAAUCAAGUGACAGCAUGAUAUGAGACGAAGUAGGCAAUAAACGCUUUUCAAACUCCAGAAAAAAGAGUGUGCUUGUCGCCAUUCCUUUAAUUCAUCAAACCCGUGCCAUCGUUAAAAACUGGAGUGUAAUUAUUUUAGAACAAAUCAAGAUGGAAAACAGCGUAUAAGGCUAUCCGAGCCUUUGUACUUACAACGAUUUAACAUAUUGUUAACAGCUUUUCAAUUCAGAUUAGAGAUCUUUAGAUUAAAUUUUUUGUUUUAUUUCAUUUAUUUAUUUAUUUUUAUUUUUUAUUUUUUUCUUAAUGUCAGACAUAGAAUGUAUAUUGUUCUUGUCGGAUUGUAUUUUAUUUUCAAUAAACAAAAGCACGAGAUGAUGGCUGUUAGUGUUUCUACUGUGUGUUUUGCUGCUCAAAACGUUUAUUUAUUAUGAUGAUUCAGGAUUGGUUACUUGAAUAUUACAUAAAAGCUGGUUUAAAACUCUUCAUUAUAAAAUUAAGAUCAGAUAUUUGUAAUUUAUCGAGAGCUGUCCACGGUGCUGAUAUCUUCUAGAGCAAUUGAGAGACUAGCAAAGCAUUAAUAUUUGGGGGUCUGUUUACUGGAAAGGUGUUUUUCAUUCGUUUCUAAACUUCACAGAAGUUUCCACUGGAUUUUCAUCGAAUUAAAAUAAAUAUGAAAAUUAAGAAGAAUUAAGGAGAAUAUGAAAA